AUGUCACAAAAGAAAAAUUCUUCCCCUGCAAUCAAUUUAAUCGCUGGUGGUACAGCAGGUCUGUUCGAAGCUUUAUGUUGCCAUCCUUUAGACACUAUAAAAGUAAGAAUGCAAAUUUAUAAAAGAUCACAUUCUUCAAAUAUCAAACCUCCAGGUUUCGUUAAAACUGGUUCUUCCAUUUAUAAUCAAGAAGGUUUCUUAGCCCUAUAUAAGGGUUUGGGUGCUGUCGUCAUAGGUAUUAUUCCAAAAAUGGCUAUUAGAUUUUCUUCAUACGAAGCAUAUAGAUCUAUGUUAGCUGACAAACAAACUGGUAAAGUUUCUACUGGUAACACUUUUAUUGCUGGUGUAGGUGCUGGUAUCACUGAAGCAGUAUUAGUUGUCAACCCUAUGGAAGUUGUCAAAAUCAGAUUACAAGCUCAAAGUUUGGUUACACCAACUACAAUUCAAACUAAUUCUAUCAGUGGAGGUGCUGCAACUGCCACUGCUACCGCUACUGCCACUGCCACUGCUCCACAACCAAAAUAUAGAAAUGCUAUUCAUGCUGUUUACACGAUUAUUAAAGAAGAAGGUGUAUCCACUCUUUACAGAGGUGUCUCCUUAACUGCUGCAAGACAAGCAACUAACCAAGGUGCUAAUUUCACAGUCUAUUCCAAACUAAAAGAAUAUUUGCAAAACUAUCAUAAAACUGAAGUGUUACCUUCAUGGGAAACAUCGUGUAUUGGUUUGAUCUCUGGUGCUAUAGGUCCUUUCUCAAAUGCUCCUUUAGACACUAUAAAAACUAGAUUACAAAAGGAAAAAACAUCUAAAACAGACACUGGUUCAAGUUGGAAAAGAAUUGUUACAAUUGGUAACCAAUUGAUCAAAGAAGAAGGAUUCAGAGCUUUAUACAAGGGUAUCACUCCAAGAGUUAUGAGAGUUGCACCUGGCCAAGCUGUCACCUUUACUGUUUAUGAAUUUAUUAGAAAGAGAUUGGAAGAUACAGGUUUCUUUAAAUCAUCUGGUCCAAAAAUCAAGAAUAACUAG